GAAGGGAAGAGGGAGAUGGUGUUGGAUUUUUUUGAGCUUUUCUAGCAAGAAAGAACACCAACAAGGGGAAAAGAAGGAUUUUGAUCUAGGGUAUAAGAAAUUUGAGAGAGAGAAAUGGAGAAGAAGGUAAACAGUGGCAGAAGCAGGAUCUGCAGGGGCAAUAUUUUUCCCAUCCUUCCAGGUGAUGUAAGAUGGAUAUUGACUAUCAGUUUGAUAGUUUUAGAUGCUCCACUUGGCUAAACUCUACAGUCCUAGGAAGCAAAGGAAGGAUGAUUUUCAGUGGGGAUAAGGGUGUUAAUGCUUGGCCAACUAAAUCAAAAUGAAGAACCGUGGUCUGAAGUCUUGGAAGAUAUCAACAACUAUUUGCCUCUGUGUUUAAGGCGAUGUCUUUUUUAUUUUGGAUUAUUUCCAGCCGAUUAUAAGAUACCUACAAGAACAUUGAUCGUCUUGUGGGUAGCGGAGGGUUUGGGACGUCAACAGGGUGAUGAAAAAACUCCUGAGCUUGUUGCAGAGGAAUGCUUGGGAGAGUUGGUAAACCACAACAUGGUACAGGUGACAGAGAAGAAGCUCAAUGGGAAGAUUAAGACGUGCCACCUACCUGAGGCUGUACGAGUAUACUGGUUUGCAAAAGCCAAGGAAGCUAAUUUUCUCCAAGGCCACACUAAUAUUACUGGCGUGAUACGUCGUCUUGCUGACCUUGUCGACCCAAACGAUGCCAUCUUUGAUCACAUCCAUGGUAACAGUACUGCUUCUCUUUGCUCUUGUUAUAGUGAUGUUGUCCCAUUUUUAUCCUUUGAUACUCGAGAAGGGAACGUACCUGGAGAAGACAUAAGGAAUUUUCUUGAUCGAUGUAUCUCCAGCAAUUGCUUCCAUUUCCUAUGGGUGUUGGUUCUUGAAAAUGUAUAUAAGCCAAAACUGCCCAAGGCAAUAGGUGAACUCACUCGGUUAAGGUACCUAGUGCUGAGAUCCGCUUACUUAAAGAUACUUCCUAAGUUCAUUGACAAGUUGAUAAACCUUCAAACCUUUGAUUUGAAGCGAGCUCACAUCAGUACUCCUCCCAGUAUAAUUUGGAAUAUGCAGAAACCAAGGCAUUUAUUUCUUGAUGGAGUUGUCGCAGUAUGUUCGUCUGGCAAGGGGGGCAGUUCUCCAAUGGAUCUUAAGACACUUUGGGCCAUACUCGUUGAUGAGGAUAGUCUUGUAAUAAAUGGCCUGGAUACUUAGUUGACUAUUACAAAAUUGGGACUAAUUUGUAAGAUAUCAAGACCAUCCCAAAAGAUGGCAAUAUCCAAGCAACUGGAUGUUGUGGCAAAUUGGGUUCAAAAUUUAAAACACCUUCGAUCCCUGAGGUUGAAAUUAUUUGAUGAAUUAAGUCAGCCCUGGGAUCUGCACUUAGAGUCUUUAUCAAACCAUGUGGAACUCACCAGCAUAUAUUUGACUGGAAAGCUAAAGAAUCAGCAUCUGGUUUCUGAGUUCCCUCAGAACCUCAUUGAACUCACACUGUCAGCUUCUGGACUAGUCGAGGACCCUAUGCAAAUACUGGACAAGCUUCCCAAACUUCAAAUUUUGAUACUGAUGUCUAAGUCAUUUGCAGGAAAGAAAAUGCUUUGCAGUUAUGGAGGAUUUCCCAAGCUUGAAGUCCUUAAAUUCAAGAAGAUGGAGCCACUGGAGGAAUGGAAUGUGGAGAAAGGAGCACUGCCUAGUCUGAAAAGCUUGGUCGACGGAUGUAGAAAUUUAAUAUUACUUCCCAAUGGGCUGCGGCUUGUUAGGACGCUCCGCGACUUAAAAGUAACAAAAUUGCCAAUGUUAUCAUCGAGGAUCAAGGACAAUCAGGGUGUGGAUUGGAAUAAAAUUGCUCAUGGGUGUCAUGUCCUCAUAGAAGAUUGAUAAUGCUGAGGGAAACUCCAACUAUAAUGAGUAUGUAAUCCUCUGUUUCUAUAGCUUCUAAUAUUGUCUAAAUCAUUGUUUAUUUCUUUGUUUAUGAAGCUACAAUGAUCAACUUCUUGAUUAGUAACUCAAAUUAUUUGAUUGCUAAAUCUGUGUCCCAUUUGUUCUAA